AUGCAGCACAUAAUCUUACAAAUUGACACUUACAAAAUAGUUACAUUGUCAUGCAGCACAAUACACCACACCACGGCACACGUGCUGCUAAAAGCCGGUACGACAAACCGUGACGCGGAAACGCCGAAAGCUUACGGCAAAGCGGCCGACGGCGAGGCGGCCGACGGCAAAGCGGCCGACGGCGAGGCGGCCGACGGCGAGGCGGCCGACGGCGAGACGGCCGACGGCAAAGCGGCCGACGGCAAAGCGGCCGACGGCGAGGCGGCCGACGGCGAGGCGGCCGACGGCGAGGCGGCCGACGGCAAAGCGGCCGACGGCGAGGCGGCCGACGGCGAGACGCUGACGUAA